AUGACGUUCAAUGCUGCUGUUAUGGUCGUCUCUAUCGUGCUGAUGAUAGGCGCUGUAUUGCUAUUAGUAUGGAUGUUUGCCCCCAUUGUCGAGGCCAAGAGACUUGCAGAGGAGGUGGAUCCAGUGCAAGAAGCCACAUAUAUAGACCCAAAUAAUCACAACCAACGAUUAUAUUUUGGGUCUUUAGGUGAUGAACGGGCAGAGGUAUUGCUGACUGUGGUUAUCCCAGCGUAUAAUGAAGAAGAGCGUAUUUUGGUAACGAUCAAAGACACUGUGGCAUUUUUGGAUGAAAAGCAGCAGAAGGACCGUUCAUUUACGUACGAGAUCAUUGUGGUGGACGAUUGUAGUGUGGACAAUACGACGAACGUCGUUCUGACGGAGGUACAAAAACACUCGGUUCGCCGCAUUCGACUUUUAAAGCUGCAGAAAAACCAUGGCAAAGGAGGAGCUAUUCGUAAAGGAGUCAUGCGUGCACGUGGUGAGCGGGUACUGUUUGCUGAUGCGGACAAUGCUACAGAGAUCAGAGACUAUGACAAGUUGGCGCUUGCACUGGAGGAAGCUCAAACAUCUGGAAACAAUGGGGUUGUUGUAUGUGGCAGUCGCGCGCAUUUGGAAGAACAGGCCAUUGCAAAACGUAACCCGCUCCGGAACUUGUUAAUGUAUGGGUUUCACUUGAUUGUGUCGACGCUGUGCAUUAAAAAUGUGCGUGAUACGCAGUGCGGGUUCAAGCUCUUUGACCGUACUGCGGCGCGUGUGUUGUUUGCACCGAUGCAUAUAGAGCGAUGGGCUUUUGACGUUGAGCUAUUAUACCUUGCUGCCAUGAGUAAAAUGACAAUCAAGGAAGUCGCAGUGCAGUGGACAGAGGUACCAGGAUCAAAGCUUCGUGUGAUCUCGGCAACUAUCACGAUGCUGCGCGAAAUCAUUCUCAUACCCACUCCAGCACUUCCAUUCGAUAUACGCAAGCAACACAUUGUCUUUGUGUCCAUUGCUAUCAAAGGCCACGCACAGCCGCUGCUCCGAGUGGCCAGCGAGAUGAUCGAACGAGGAUAUCGUGUCUCCUUUGCCACUCACGACUCGGGACGAGAAUGGGCUUAUGCCUAUGGGGUGCCUUUUCUCUCAGCAGGACCCAUUCCAAUUUCAGCCGAAGAUCUUCGGGUCAAACUUCGUGCCAUGACGCGGGAUGCCUCAAAUUUUCGAGGAAUUUUGACCAUGUUUAAUGACAUUUACGUCCGUGCAGCAAGACCCAUGUUUGACGCACUUUUACCUCAGCUAGAGACCAAUGGGAGCAAUUCAAAUGCACCGGACUUGUUGGUCGUUGAUAUUGCAACGGUGGGAGCGCAAGAUCUGGCUCAUAAGCUAAAAGUCCCGUACAUUUUGAAUUCUCCGUCGCUAUUGUUCAAUCUUGGAGAAGCUCCGAGUUAUGUACCAGCGUGGGGCACGGGAUUUAGCGACAAUAUGUCGCUGCAGGAUCGAUGUAUGAACAUUUUGUUUCCUAGGUUAUUAUCCGUUGCGCUGACGCCACCGUUUAUGGAGCUGAAUAAAGUACGCUACGAGCUCGAUUUACCGCCAUUCAGAUCUCAACACGAUUUGUUCAAGGAAGCGCGUGUGAUACUUAAUACAGCAUUUGGACUUGAACACCCGCAGCCUCUUUCGCCACUUGUGGAUGCUGUGGGACCUAUCAUGCCGACACCGGGCGGAAAUGCUAGCAAGUUGGAACGCCAACCGCUUCCUGCCGCUCUACGUAGCUGGCUUGACGCAUCGAUGGAAUCGAUUCCGUCGCUGCGGUUGCGCCACCGAACUGCAUCCCAUCACCAAAAUAAGUCUUCAGGUGACCACGAGCUUGAAGGUAUCUCCGGUGGUGUGGUGUAUUUAAACCUAGGCACUAUGGUUUACAUUGAUGCGUGGCAAGCUCAAGCAUUAGUAGACGGACUACUAAUGGGGUCUAGUGACCAGCCUGUAAAAGUGCUUUGGAUCCUUCCAACAGACCAGCACAGUAUUUUGCCGCCUGCAUUACCACCUCGGUUGGUCUUAAAACCGCCUAGUUCAUCCCUCUCCAACCUAGAAAUUCUAAACCAUCCUGCUAUUCGAUUAGUGGUUUCGCACUGCGGCAUGAUGUCAACUCAAGAAACGCUGGUGAUGGGGAAGCCUUUAUUGUGCAUUCCUUUUUUUGUGGAUCAACCGGAUGUAGCAGCACGUGUUGCGGACGCUGGAGCAGGUUUGUCGCUGGACAAGAAUUUACUAUCGGCUCCCUACGUGCAUGCUGCAGUCACACAACUGCUGACAAAUGCUUCCUACACGCGUGCUGCACAGCGAGUUGGUUCGUUAUUGGAACGAGCUGGUGGAAUUGCUCGUGCGAUUGACGUGAUUGACGCUACUUUACGGUUGGGAUUUGAUCAUUUAGCCACAUUAAACCUGACAGCUCCGUGGCAUAAAACUGCUUUACUGGACGUCUGGGCGGUUUGCGCUGCGCUUAUCUGCUUGCUGGCUGUAUUUCUUCGCAUCCAGUGGCUACUGCUUUAUUUUCUACUGUCUGAAAGCUUUAAGCUUUGGUACAGUCUAAUCCUGGGACCAUCUUCCUAUGAUAAUGAUAUCACGCACGAAGACGGCGAUGAAGCAGAAGAUGAUCAUGACAGUAGUGACACAUUGCAGUCUAGAAGUUAG